AUGUCGACAACUCCCACCACGGCAUCGGCUGGCCCCCAGACGGAGCAGAUUCCACGCGGACCAGUGGAAGUGGCCUUGAAUUUCUUCACGCCGCCAGUGGACGGCUCGACGCCCUUCCAAUAUGCCCAAGAGCCACCCUCCGGCCAGCCAGCCUCCAACUACAGCCAGCCAACAGUUCACGUCGGCCUGACCGAUAUCCGCGGCAGGGAAAGCGACUACAGCCUCGACCAGGACGCCUUCCAGUGUCUCCAAGGCGUCCAGUCACUGUCAGAGAUCCCCUACGAGACCUUUCUCUCCGACGACCGGAUCAAAGACAUCUACUAUCCAGCAGUCGAACGACUCCUUCUCGAGCGCAUCACCGGUGCCCGGAAAGUAGUAAUCUUCCACCACGUCGUGCGCAUGGACCGAGCAGACAACCCCAUCAACCGUAGACCGCUUCUAACCGUCCACGCGGACCAGACCGCGCACGCCACCGUGGCCACCAUCCACCGGUACAUUGGGCGUCAAGACGAGGUCGAAUCCCUGCUCCGAGGCCGGUACCGAAUCAUCAACUUGUGGAAGCCGAUCAACGGCGCCGUCGAGUCCUGCCCGCUUGCCUUUGCCAGCGGGAGCUCGGUAGACCCAGCCGACCUGGUGCCCAUUGAACUGCGGUUUCCCGAUGAGGUCAGCGAGAGUGUCGGGGUCAGGUAUAAUGCUGAGCAGAGGUGGAUGUACUGGUCGGGGAUGAGCAAUGAUGAGUGCCUCCUGUUGAAAUGCAGUGAUUCUCUCGCCGAUGUGCCCGCCGUUCAGGUGCCGCAUUCGGCGUUUAUAGACCCUCGUUCCCCUCCGGGGGCUAAGACUCGGGAAAGCAUUGAGAUUCGAGCGUUGGUGUUUGGUUGA